AUGGCCAUCUUCUCUGACUUCCUGGAGAAGAUCGUAGAAGUCUUCAUGGACGACUUUUCAGUCUUUGGAGACUCCUUCCAGUCAUGCCUGGAUAACUUAGAUGUCGUCCUCGCUUGCUACGAGGAAACAAACCUAGUACUGAAUUGGGAAAAAUGUCACUUCAUGGUGACAGAAGGCAUUAUUCUGGGGCACAAAAUAUCCAAGGCUGGACUGGAAGUGGAUGGAGCCAAGAUCGAUGUCAUAGUAAAACUUCCACCAUCAGCGAAUGUUAAAACACUAAGAAGUUUUCUAGGACAUGUCAACUUCUACAGACAGUUCGUCAAAGGCUUUUCUCAGAUUGCGCGACCUCUGAACGCAUUGUUAGAAGCGAACUGGCCCUAUGUGUUUAACGAGGACUGCACUGACGCAUUCGAGACCUUGAAGUAUGCGUUGACAACAGCCCCAGUGUUAAUAGCACCGGACUGGAUGCAGCACUUCAUCUCAUCGCCUAUGCGUCCAAGACCUUAA